CGGCCCGGAGUGGCGAUGCUGCAGCUGCGGGACUCGGUGGACUCCGCGGGCACGAGCCCCACGACCCUGCUGGCGGCCGGCGAGGAUGUGGGGCCGGGCAGCGCAGGCGGGGCCCGGGCAGGGGUGGGCACGCCACUGCGCCAGACGCUGUGGCCGCUCAGCGUCCACGACCCCACGCGCCGCGCCCGCGUCAAGGAGUACUUCGUGUUCCGGCCCGGCACCAUCGAGCAGGCCGUGGAAGAGAUCCGCGCCGUUGUCCGGCCCGUGGAGGACGGCGAGAUCCAGGGGGUGUGGCUGCUGACCGAGGUGGACCACUGGAACAACGAAAAAGAGCGUCUGGUGUUGGUCACUGACCAGUCGUUGCUCAUCUGUAAGUACGACUUCAUCAGCCUUCAGUGCCAGCAGGUGGUCAGGGUGGCACUCAGUGCAGUGGACACCAUCUCCCACGGAGAGUUCCAGUUUCCCCCCAAAUCUCUCAACAAGCGAGAAGGCUUUGGGAUUCGCAUCCAAUGGGACAAGCAGAGUCGUCCUUCUUUCAUAAACAGAUGGAACCCCUGGUCCACAAACGUGCCCUACGCCACUUUCAUAGAGCACCCAAUGGCUGGUGUGGAUGAAAAGACGGCUUCUCUGUGCCAGUUGGAAAGCUUCAAGGCUCUGUUAAUCCAAGCUGUCAAAAAAGCCCAAAAAGAAAGUCCUCUGCCAGGACAAGCGAAUGGUGUGCUGGUCUUGGAGCGGCCCCUGCUCAUCGAGACCUACGUGGGAUUGAUGUCCUUCAUCAACAACGAGGCCAAACUGGGUUAUUCCAUGACCAGAGGCAAGAUUGGCUUCUAGACAGCUCAGCGUGGAGCCAUCCCCCAAGCUCUGUCAUGGCUUUACGCUUGCUGGCACGGAUGCGACCGGGACACGUGGCCUGUCCAGUGGAAGGCUGUCUCAAAGCACCCAGGUCUUCAGCCUGCUCUUGCAGUCUUGUAGUAAAGAUGUUUAGAACCAAAAAAAAAAAAAAAAAAAAAA